AUGUUAUCACCUGAAAUAGCUGCAAAAUAUUAUUGUAAAAUUAUUCAAGAAAGUCCAAUUGAAAAAUCGGCCUCGCUUGCUGUUCUUGAAACUUUGCUUAAAUGUAUUCAACUAACUAAAGCUAGCACAGUUACUCAGUUAUUGGAAGAAUUAAAAGGAGCUGCUGAAGCAAUGUCGAAAACCGAGUUCGGUAUCACAUCUGUUCAUAGCUCAACAGAAUUGUUUCUUAGAUAUAUAUCAUUUGUAACUGCUGAGCAGAAUUUGCAAGAAUUUGGUGAUUUGCUUAAUCUUUAUAAAGAAAGAGGUGGUUAUUUUAUUGAACGUAUUUCAAGAAGUAUUUCGAUAAUUUCAUCUACAGCACUUAUGUCUAUAAAGAAAAAAAAGAAUAUUCUUACUCAUUCUUUCGAUAACGUUGUGUUAGGUGUUUUGUUACAUGCUAAGCAAAAUGGCGCUAAUUUAUCUGUAUUUGUUACUGAAGGGCGUCCAGAUUGUUCUGGAGUAAAAAUGGUAAAAAAACUUAGAGAAGCUAAUAUUCAAACGACAUUAUUGUUGGAUUGUGAAAUCUGUUCAGUAAUGGAAUCACUUGAUGUUGUUGUUAUUGGAGCAUAUGGCGUUAUGGAAUCAGGUGGAAUUCUAAAUAAGAUUGGAACAUUGCCUAUUGCUAUCUGUGCUAAAGCGAUGAGCAAAGAAGUAUUUGUAAUGGCCGAAAGUAUAAAAUUCCUCAAAGAUUUUCCUCUGAACCAGAGCACCAUAUCAAACGAGUAUAAGCAUCCAGUUUCAAACAUUACAAAACGUGAACUAGGCGAUGCUACGGAACGUUACCCUUUAGUUGAUUAUACACCUCCUUCCUAUAUCAACCUUCUUUUUACUGAUUUAGGAGUCCUCACUCCUGCUGCCGUUGCUGAUGAGCUGUUAAAAAUGUAUGUUUAA